AAAGCGCCCCCCACCAAAAAAGGGGCGCGGCAAAAUAGAGAGAGAAACCAAAACCCUAGAGUUUGGAUUCGGAUCCAUUUUCCCUUCGUCGUCUGCUCUUCGAUCGAUGAGCGAUGGAGAUCGAUGAGGUGGAGACGGUUCUGGAGAAGAUCUGGGACCUCCACGACAAGCUCAGCGACGCCAUCCACUCCAUUUCGCGGGCGCACUUCCUCAGCUCCAUCAGGGCCCUCCGGAAGCCGGAGCAACCGUCGCCGCCGCCGCCGCCGCCGCCGCAGCAGCUGCAGCAGCAGAACAAGAAGCAGUUCUUCGGCGCCGACGCCGCCGCCGAGGACAACCGGGCGGCGUCCGGUGGGUACGUGUUCGUCAAGGAGUUCGGAGUCUACGAUGAGGCGGUGCAGGAGGCCAAGAGCCUCAACGCCAUCCGCACGGCUCUGGAGAAUCUGGAAGACCAGCUCGAGUUCUUUCAUACUGUACAAUUACAGCAACGUGCUGAGAGAGAUGCUGCAAUUGCACGAUUAGAACAGAGCCGCAUUGUUCUUGCAAUGAGAUUGGCAGAACACCAGGGUAAGAAAUAUAAAGUGAUUGAGGAAGCCCUAGCUUUUGUUGGAGAUGUUUGUGAUGCAAGUCGCUUUGUUUCAUGCGAUAAUCUAUUCGGCGCCGCAAAUGGUUCGUCUGGGCAGAGCAUGGUGAAUCAUGGAAACAGGUCUAACAUUCUGAUCAAAGCUCUGAUUUCCAGUUUCAAUUUUGCAAGGAAGUCCCUUAUGGGUGGAGUACUGGGAAAUGCUGCAUUAGUUGCAGUUACUAUGAUGACACUGCUGCAUUUCAAUAAAGUAGCUUAUAAAGAACUCAAACAUAAGCACGAAGGUGAUAACUACAGUUUUAAUGUGAGGAAGACUUUCAAACAAGGGGAAUCAUCAUCUAGAGGUAGUUUGGGCCAAUUGGAUGUGUUGGUGGCCCGGGGUUAACUUGAAAUCUGCAAAUUUUAUUUGCCAAUCUCUUUACCAUUUCUUCCCACGAGACUCGAGGAAUGGAAUCGUUGGCAUCACAUUUAUGUUGAUGCAGUUUUCUUUAGGCUCUUUAGUUCUCUCUCUCGAAUUUGCCGUGUAUAUUCUCACGAUCUUAGGUUCUAUGUGUUAGGCUGGAUAUAUUCUUCUAAUAGAGAUGUGAACAAACGGUGCUCAUGCUACCAUUUCUUUUUCA